CUAAUUUAUGAUAUUAUAGUAUAUGAAGUAUGUUGAAAAGAAUUAAACCGAAGAAAUUAUCUUUUUUUCAUUUUUAGAAUGAACAUGUCGGAAAAAAGACAUUUAAAGAACGUCUUGAAUUAAUACGUUCGUCGAUUAUAGAUGUCCGAAAUCAAGCGAUAGUCAAAGGUCUUAUUGAUAAAAGUUUAGACCCAUUUUCAAUACGAAAUAAAGAUUUUUGGGACAUAUCAACUGUAAGAAAAGUAAGUAAUAACAGCUUAUAGAAAAAAAUCUUCUCUCCUCUUGGGAAUAGUGAGAAAAUCUUUGAACUCCUUGAAAAAUCUAUGCUAAUGGUGAAUAAAUAGGCAUUCGAAAUAGGGACCUGCGGAGUCAACUUUUUUUGACUCCGAUCUCGACUCCGACUUCAACUCCGUCGGAGUCAUGAUCGGGUUUCGAAAUCCUCCGCAGUAGCGGCGGCGCCAGGAUUCUUGACUGGGGCGAGCUCAGGUCUAAUAAAUUUCAAAUAGGGUGGGCUCAGAUAGAAUAUCAUUGAUUUUUUUUAAGAUCUGAAAAAAAUUUCAGGGCGGGCUGAGCCCAUCCUUGGCGCCGCCACUACUCCGCAGUUCCCUAAUUUGAAACCUCCGUUUUGAAGAUAGUUCAAAAACUUCUCUAUGGACAUCCUUCUUUUUUUUGAAAUAUAUAAAUUUUAUAUUUUUUUAUAGAUAGUUGGACCUAAAUUUCAAAGUCAAAUAGCUCAUGAAGUUGAUGGUCUUAUCUUUCAACCUGAACUUGAUCCAUAUAUACCUGGUCGAUCACCUCGUGUACUUAAAUGGAAAGAAGAUAAUACAAUUGAUUUUCGUUUAAAAAUUCUCAUGGAACCUAGUAGGAUGGGACAAUUACCAGAGAAAAAAGCUUAUUUAUUUGUAAAUGGUUUAAAAGAGCCAUUUUCACAAAUGCGUUAUACACCGAAUUUAGUUCAAUAUGAUAACAAAAUUAUUGAAUGUUCAUAUCAUAAUAAGCAAUGGCAUUUUCAUCGAGAACGAACUGAUAAAUCUUUCCCUAAUGCUAAAGAAACAGCUUUUGGAGCAGCUGAGGCAUUACAAAAUCCAAUCACAAAGGAAAAACUCUGUGAACUUAUUGAUGAGCAUAUGAAAACUAAUAUGUAUAGAUAA